AUGGCUCUUCAAGAGGCCAUGCAGAUGUACAGGCACACCUUGAGAGCUUCCCGGGCCUUCACGGAUUACAAUUUUCGACACUAUUUCGCGAGACGGGCACGAGAAGACUUCCGUGCUCUGUUUGGCCGACAGAGCCAGGCGGACGAGCCCAGGCGACAGGCGUUUCUGGAGCAAGCCAAGACCAAUUUGGAGAUGCUGAAAAGGCAAAGUGUCAUUAGCCAAAUGUACACGGCAACACCCCCGACAACCCAGAGAUGA